ACAUACCCCCUUGCGUCGGGUGGCACAAAUAUUAAUUUAUUGUCCAAACAAGGGUAUAUAUGUAACUUGACCUUAAAACGCAGCACCGGAAAUAUAAACCAGAGGCCACGCCGCACCCAAAAUCAUCCACGCAUCAGCUAAUAGCCUUGUAGAGCUACUGUACGGAAGGUUGGAGCAAGAAGGUCGUUUCCGAAAUUUUUAGAGGAUGGAUGGGCAUGAUUCAGAAGAUUCAAAGCAAAGCACCGCAGACAUGUCUGCUUUUGUGCAAAACCUUCUUCAGCAGAUGCAAUCUCGGUUCCAAACAAUGUCCGACUCCAUCGUUACAAAGAUUGACGAGAUGGGAACUCGCAUAAAUGACUUGGAGCAUAGCAUCAACGACCUAAGAACAGAGAUGGGAAUCGAGGGCUCUCCAUCUCCUGUGCAGCAGCCCAAGCCAGAGGCAGGUGAAGUGAAGGAACAAGAAGGUUCUGCAUAAAAUUAGUCAUAAGUGAACAUUUGACGAGGUUUUUUAACUUUUUGCCAUCUUUGUCUGUGUUUCUGUAUGUGUGCUUGAGCGAUUAAAGCUGUUGUUACUAUGAAGAUUAUAAGCUUCCAAUGUGCUCCUGUAGCUAAUUUAUCUUUCGAACAAAAUUUUAAUUGUAUGGGCCAUGUUAGGCAAAAGUCAUGAAUAUGACAUGAUUUUUGAUAAUUGAUUGUAUUUGCAGCUAGUAGCCCUGUUUCAAGACU